AAGUACUCCAUGGUCCAAGGUAGUGUUUUGGCGCAUCAAAUUCACCAACCGCGUUUCCACUAGCGUCGGUUGGCCCGUGCUGCAACUCCGUCAUCCUGCUGGAGCUUGGUGUGCACGAUAGACCAGGCACAACAUCGCAUCUUCGACGCUCUGCCGUAGCUUCUCGACCGCCCUUCGCAGCCCGAUCGAAGCACACCCACACGAUGUCGUCGCUAGACCCACCGACGUAUCUCACCUCGAUUCAAAACAACAUCCGUGCCCGGCCAAUAUCGUGGGAAGGCGCAGUGCGGGCCAAGACGAUCACCGAGGAAGACCUCAAGAAGAUCAAGUCAAUUGACAAAGUGCGCAAAGAGCAGCGCAAACAGACAAUCGAGUCCGAUGUCAACAGCUUCGUCACGCUCCUGCUAGGUGGAGAUGGGUCGCAGAGCAUCUUCGAGGCCGCCGCCAAACGCCAGGACAUCAUUCACUACAUGCUGGUGUUGCUGGGGGAUAUCAUUGACGACAUUCCUGCACUCACAUCAGCUCUCAUCCAGCACCCAGCGCCUUACAAGCCUUUCCUGCCGCUGCUGAAGGCUUCUUCCAACAACGAAGAUCCCGUCCCACUGCUCACGUCCUCGGUUCUCUCUGGCCUGGUCUCACACGCCGUUGUCACGCCAUCAAAGGACACCACACAGCUUGACCAAGCCCUCCCGCAGCUUUACAGCUACCUCUCGACACUGGCCAAAGCUUCAGACGCUGGCCUUCAGGAUAUUGCUGUACGGGAGUUCUCUGCUGUUCUUCGCAGCUCAAAGGCUAGGCAUUUGUUCUGGAAGCAGAGGAAGGAGACACUCGAUCCGUUGUUUGACAUCCUGAGAUCUGCAGCAGGUACGAACAAUGAUCGUGAUUCGACUCUUUACAGCGGGGGUAGCGUCCGCAGCGCUGGUGACAGCGGUCUUUCUGGUGGUGUAGGACUGCAGCUUUUGUACCACGUUCUGCUUGUUAUCUGGCAGCUCAGCUUUGAGGGCGAACUAGUUGGCGAUGGGCUCCAAGAUGAACAUGACAUCGUUGUCCUGUACACAGGCCUGUUGCGCGUAUCGCCCAAGGAGAAGACCACCCGCCUUCUUCUCUCGACUCUCGUAAACCUCCUAACCACGAACCGCCAGACGCUGUUGCCCACAGCGGUUCUUGCCCGUCUGCCAGCCCUACUUAAUAGCCUGAAGUCGCGCCAUUUGACUGACGAGGAUGCCCUCGAGGAUCUUAAGACACUCACCGAGCUUCUCGAAGAGUACACCAAGACACAGACCACGUUUGAUGAAUAUGCCGCAGAGCUGCAAUCGGGUCAUCUCCGUUGGUCUCCACCGCAUCGCAAUCCUACCUUUUGGCGUGACAACGCCCGCCGUAUUUUGGAUGAGAACAAGGGAGAGUUGCCAAGAAAGCUUGCGGAGAUCCUAUCCAAGAGCUGGGAGAACGACAAGCAGGUAUUGGCUAUCGGUUGCAACGAUGUUGCAUGCCUUGUGAAGGAGGUGCCAGAGAAGAGGCAACAACUUGAGAAGCUGGGCCUGAAGGGCAGAGUCAUGGAGCUCAUGCAAGAGGCAGACGAGAGCGUGAGGUGGGAGAGUUUGAGGGCUGUUGGAGAAUGGCUCAGGUACAGCUUUGAGUCUAAGACGGAGUUGCCUGUGCGAUAAGAUGAUUCCAUAGAUGUUUGGUUCAUUUGAAGCGAUGUAGUGUUUUUCCUGUCAGUAUACAUUUGCAAGACCAGGUCACAACCUGACCCUAUAGACCAUCUUGCAUUGCAUCAUACACAUGGCCACGAUCAAAAUCA